CGCCGCCGCCGCCGUCGCUGUGCGGGGAGGAGGAGAAGCCGGGAUGGAGGACGAAGAGCUGGAUUUGGGCGACGAGCUGGAAGCCGCCUUGCAGCUGGCUCCGGAGGUGCAGCUGGCCAUCGAGCAGGUAUUUCCCAGCCAAGAUCCACUGGACAGGGCUGAUUUCAACGCCGUGGAAUACAUCAAUACUCUUUUCCCAACCGAGCAAUCUCUGGCCAAUAUCGACGAUGUAGUGAACAAAAUCAGAUUGAAAAUAAGACGAUUGGAUGAUAAUAUUCGGACGGUGGUAAGAGCCCAGACCAAUGUGGGACAAGAUGGCCGGGAGGCUCUUGAAGAGGCCCAGAAAGCCAUCCAGCAGCUCUUUGGCAAGAUUAAAGACAUUAAGGAUAAAGCCGAAAAAUCGGAGCAGAUGGUUAAAGAAAUCACGCGGGACAUCAAGCAACUGGACCACGCCAAACGCCACCUGACCACCUCCAUCACAACGCUGAACCACCUCCACAUGUUAGCUGGGGGAGUGGAUUCCCUGGAGGCGAUGACCAGGAGGAGGCAGUACGGAGAGCUUGCUAACCUUCUACAAGGUGUUGUCAACGUGCUGGAACAUUUCAACAAAUAUAUGGGGAUCCCACAGAUCCGCCAGCUUUCCGAAAGGGUGAAGGCAGCCCAGAACGAGCUGGGACAACAGAUCCUGGCUGAUUUUGAAGAGGCUUUUCCUUCCCAAGGCACAAAGAGAUCAGCCGGUCCGAGCAACGUUCUCCGCGAUGCCUGUUUGGUCGCCAACGUCUUAGAUCCCCGGAUCAAGCAGGAAAUCAUCAAGAAGUUUAUAAAGCAGCACCUCUCGGAAUAUCUGGUGCUUUUCCAGGAAAACCAAGACGUGGCUUGGCUAGACAAGAUCGACCGGCGUUACGCCUGGAUCAAACGUCAGCUGGUAGACUACGAGGAGAAAUACGGCCGGAUGUUCCCAGGAGAGUGGUGCAUGACAGAACGGAUCGCGGUGGAUUUCUGUCACAUUACAAGGAUGGAACUGGGGAAAAUCAUGCGCACCCGGGCAAGAGAGAUCGAAGUCAAGCUGCUACUUUUCUCAAUCCAGAGGACGACCAACUUCGAAGGGCUGUUGGCCAAACGCUUCUCCGGCUCCACGCUAACAGAGACGGUGACGAAAAAGCCGGAUCCUCCACCGGUUUCCACCAACCCUUUUCUCGAGGAAGAAUCCACGACGGAUGAGGAGGAAACCCCAUCAGAAAGGCUUGAUCUUGACAAGCCACAAAAGCCAAAAAUUCCAAAUAAUCCGUUCCAUGGGAUUAUUUCCAAGUGCUUUGAGCCCCACCUGUAUGUCUACAUUGAAUCUCAGGACAGAAACCUCGGAGAGCUGAUUGACCGCUUUGUGGGGGACUUCAAAGCCCAGGGACCUCCCAAGCCGAACGUGGAUGAGGGCGGGGCCGUUCUGCCCAGCUGCGCCGACCUCUUUGUGUAUUACAAGAAAUGCAUGGUCCAGUGCUCGCAGCUAAGCACCGGGGAGCCCAUGAUCGCCCUGACCACCAUAUUCCAGAAAUACCUGCGGGAAUACGCCUGGAAGAUCCUCUCCGGAAAUUUACCCAAGACGACAAACACCAGCAGCAGCGGCCUGACCAUCACCAGCUUACUAAAAGAGAAGGACGGUUCGGAGGUGGCCAAAUUCACCUUAGAGGAGCUUUGCCUGAUCUGCAGCAUUCUGAGCACGGCCGAAUAUUGUUUGGCGACCACCCAACAGCUCGAAGAAAAACUCAAGGAGAAAGUGGAUGACAGCUUGGUUGAAAGAAUCACCCUGAUGGGAGAGAUGGAUACCUUCAGCACAGUGAUUUCUAGCAGCAUCCAGCUUCUGGUACAGGAUUUGGACGGCGCUUGUGAUCCAGCCCUCACCGCCAUGAGCAAAAUGCAGUGGCAAAACGUGGAGCACGUCGGGGAUCAGAGUCCUUACGUGACGUCGGUCAUCUUGCACAUUAAGCAGAAUGUCCCCAUCAUCCGGGACAACCUGGCCUCCACCCGGAAAUAUUUCACCCAGUUCUGCAUCAAGUUUGCCAAGUGA